AAUUUGUACGGUACCGGUACUUCCGGGGAAAGGGGCGAGUUCAGUUGAAAGGCGGACAAUCAUAAUUCAUAUUUUUGCUGUAGGCAGUGAGAAGGAUGCAGUCUAGGAAAUUUCGAGACCCUCCUAAGGUGACAGGACUAUCCCCCAAGGAGGGCCCACCAGGAACCAAACUCACCAUCAGAGGUGAAAACCUAGGGAUCAAUGAAAAGGACGUCUUCAGUAUCAUAGUAUGUGGAGUCAACAUCACACUCCUAGCGGAAUGGAUCUCACCCAGUAAGAUUAUCUGUAGAACAACCAAUUGUAAAGGCCCUGGUGAUGUCAUAGUAUCCACCAAGUCCGGAGGUAUCGGCACUUCCACGGUCAAGUUCAGAGGACUCCAAUUCUUACCAAAUCCCCUUCAAGAUUCAGCCAUUUGGGUUGAUGAAUCAUCAUUGUUUGAGAGAAGAUUAAACAGCAUCAGUCGACCGUCAUCACCCCUUCAAUCGGGAAGAGAAGAUCCUCUGGGUCUACCCAUGGAACACACUCCGCAACUUUCUGAUGAAGAAGCUCACCAAAUGUUUCCUAAAGGGAGUAGCAACUUAGCACACCGGAAUUUUGAACCUGCCCUAUUUCUCAUUGAAAGUCACAGUAGUACCAGCUUUGUAGAUCUUAAGAAAGGUUUGGAGCAUUUGAAGAGACAGUCAUCUGGUCUGAAGACCGAAGGACCACAGACAUUCAUUAAAUCAAACCUGGGUACCUUCAUGAAUUGUCAGGACAUUCUAGCAACUAUUCAUGGAGACCUGUGUAGGCAUGAGAACAUCGGCGAUCGGUUGAAAGCAUCCCCCGGGGAGGAAUCUAUCGAGGUAGACGGAGGAGAUGAAGGGAAGGAAGAAGAUGAGAUGGAGAUGAACGGAGAGGGAGAUGGAGGCCAAGAUAAGACUGUCACUCUGCAGAAGAUUGAGGACUUGCUUAUCAAGGGCAAUGAGAACGCUCAGAAGAUAUUUCAGAGUGUGUUACAUCGUAAAGACAGAGCAGACUCCACCAGGAAUGCCCUCAACGUUCUCAAUAGAUUCAAGUUUCUCUUUCAUCUUCCAAUCACAAUUGAGAGAAACAUAAAGAAGGGAGACUAUGAAGUAGUUAUCAAUGAUUAUGAGAGAGCUCGACAGCUAUUCUCUAAUACACAGGUAUCAACUUUCAAGAAAGUGUAUGAUGAAGUUGAGAAUAGGAUACGUGAAUUACAGGUCCAGCUGCAUGAAAAACUCAUGGAACUUCCAACACCUUUAGACGAACAAAAGAGGCUCAUCAGGUACCUAGUAGAGCUAGGUGGUCCAGGAGAUCCAGCCUGGGAGUGUAUUGUCAAUGAACACAAGUGGAUCCAAGAUAUACUAGCAGGAUGCAAGGAUCAACAUAUCCAGAUAGAUCAAAAAGGAUGUGAGAUUCUUGAGCCACCGAGUCAUGCCUCUAAGGUCAGAGGUCAUCGGAGAAACUUUUCUGGGUCUGGUAUUCAAGUCAAAUUUACAUCUGAUGCAAACAUGGAUGGCAAGUUUUCACCCCCACAGCAAGUGCUGUUCUUAGAAGAGCUAGCUGAUAACCUUCUAUCAACCUUCCCCAAUCUCUGGAGGCUUGGUCAAUCCUAUUUCAAUGCAUCUGUUGUAUCAGAGGCUGGAGGCAAAUCUAUGACUGUGGACUCAUCGAAGGAAGCUUCAUUCACUGCCAUGAUGACGAAGAUCACUACUUACUUUGCGGACCUUGUGAGGGCGGCAUUCCUUCCGGAAUCACUUGAGAAGAAGAAUGAGAAAGAGAGAGCUAAACUAGGAGAGUGGGGUGAUAGCAAGAAUGAAGUAGGAGCAGGUGCAUGGCUUCCUCAGUGUGUUCGAUCCAUCAGGUCAGUUCUUAGUACCUUGGUGAAUCUUGAAGUACCAACCUCACUUCUUGAAGUCCUGCACUCAUUACUGGCUGAACUUAGAGUCCACUGUAUGGUCACUCUCUUCAAAGAGGCCACAGAAGAUAUCAAAGCUCUUCACGGCCGUGAGACCUGGGUGCUACAGAUGGAUGAACAUGGAGGCAUCACAACUUUGCCUACUCUAUUUGAGAGUAUAGUAGUAGACACAUUACAACAUCUCAAGGAAGUGAUCAGCUGUAAUAGCUCCAGUGAAAAGAAGAUCUUUGAUAACAGACAUGUAGAGAGACAGACUGUUGAUUUAUCUUCUGAUAUGCUCAUGGCAUUUGCAUCAUGUCUUGAACAGUUAGCUUUUCUGGGAGAUGAUGGAGAUAUGCAGAAAUUAAGAUUAUCUGAGGCAGCAAUGAGAACUCCUGAAUCUCUAUUCCAGUCUCCUGAGGACAGUAUCCCAUCCAUGGAACAGUGUUUGGUAAUUGUACUGAGUAACUGUAGUCACGUUUCUCAACAUGUCAUUCCUAAUCUGAUUGAGCAGUUCAAGAGACUUGGCUAUCCUAGCACACAUGAGAUAGAAAAUAUGUCCCAAGAAGCCUAUGCUGAACUUGACGAGAAGAUCUUCGAAGCUUACUGUGAGCAGAAGAUAGAUCCAUUGGUUGGAGCUCUGGAAGUAGGGGUCUAUGCUGGCAACUAUGACUGGGGCAACUGCCCUGAACCUAUAGGAGCAAGUCCGUACGUGAAGGAAGCACUGAUGAAUGCUGUAGCCAUUCACGCUGAGAUCAAUGCCAUAGCUCCUGCCUUCAUGCUUCGCGUGAUGGGGCGUGUCUUAGAAGCCGUAGCGGAAGAGAUGUCACGCAUCAUGAGCUGCGUUACUGGGUCGUUCUGUAGUAAUGGUGCUGUUCAGGCAAGGCUAGAUAUUGGUAUGCUAGAAGAGGCCAUGUCGCCAUACAGGAAUGCAGGAACAAGUGCAUCCUUCAAAGAGGCGUUGUCAGUUGUACCACAAAUCAGGACAGAGUCCCACAAGAGACUUCUCCAAGAACUUCAGGCCAGCUUCCAGCGUGACCUUCAAUUCCUCUUGACCUGUUUCACGACAGACUCCUAAUCGUCAUGGAAGCAAGGUGGCCCCUCUUCAAAGGAUAAUCAAACGGUCAGGUCAUACUGAGAUCCAGUCCAGCUUCAUUAGGAGGUCCGUUGUCAUGUUGUCUUGAAGAGGAAUGAAAAUCGAAGCCACAAUUUAUGUAUUUUGUUAUAUUAC